GCCUUGAUAUUCUGGGUUAUACUCCCGUGUGGAAGGGCCCAGAGGCUUCCAUCUGCCCCUGUGGCACACCGCUAUAACUACCCCUUCGCUCCCGCCCCGGCCAAUGGCAACGCAGAACAGGCAGGCCGCUCUUCUGGGAUUGGAGGAGGGCGCUGUCAAUCCGGGCCCGAGCGCCGUUUCUGUCCCUGGCCGAAGCUAGGCGCGCUUUUGUGGGACAAGGAGGAGGAGGGGAGCCUGCCUUCGCAAGCCGAGAUGCCCGUGGACCUGUCGGCCUGGGGAGGGCCCUUGAGCCUCCCCGAGGUGGAGGAGAAGCCCGCCUACCCCUUGCGGGUCCGCUACGGCUCGGUGGAGAUCGACGAACUGGGCAAAGUGCUGACCCCGACCCAGGUGAAGAAUCGCCCAACGAGCAUUGAAUGGGAAACCUGUGAUCCAGAGAAAUUCUAUAGUUUGGUUCUUACUGACCCUGAUGCCCCUAGCAGGAGAAAUCCCAAAUUCAGGGAGUGGCACCACUUCCUUGUGGCCAACAUGAAGGGUAAUGACAUCAAUAGUGGUUGUGUCCUUUCAGACUACAUUGGAUCUGCUCCUCCAAAAGGGUCAGGGCUCCAUCGCUACGUGUGGCUGGUCUAUCAGCAGCCCCAGCAACUGAACUGCAAUGAGCCCAUCCUCAGCAACCGUUCGGCGGAUCAGCGCAGCAAUUUCCAUGUGUCUUAUUUCCGCAAGAAGUAUAAGCUGGGAACCCCUGUGGCAGGCACAUGCUACCAGGCGGAGUGGGAUGACUAUGUGCCAAAGGUCUAUGAGCAGUUAUCUGGAAAGUAAAGCUGGCCUCUUGCCCUGUUCCAAUGCCUGCUCUUCCGUACCACCCUUUACCUGUAGUGUUGCAUAAAUUACUGGGAUGAUACUGGAAACCCCAAAGUGCUCCCGAUGCUCGCAUGGGGGCAUGCAUUUUCAUUUUACUCAGCUAGUUGGUAAUGUGAUCAGUCCCAAAUGUAUUAAUUUAGUCUGUUACAACAAGUUAAAUCUGUGUGGCCCUCAAGAUCAUGGUGGACUGCAUCAUCCCUCAGAAACAGCCUGAUGGGAGCUGCAGCCCAGCAGCCUCUGGAGGGCCACAUGUUGGCGUACCCAUGAGGCAGGGCGUCAUCACACAGGCUUCUUCUCUUUCACAGUUCUGCUCAUAGGCUCGGAAAGUCCUGGUGGUAUUUUGGUGGGAAGGGAGGUGCAAAGCAUACUGGCCUUCUGUGUGGCUGAUGUAUUUAAACAUGGUAGUGAGCCUCCUUUUAGACAGUAUUGAGACUGCUGUUUUGAUUGCACUUGCCUGUCAUCUUUUCUCACUAAGUUCCUCUUAUCUUUCAUUGCCUUCAUGUUUUAGCAAGAUGUUAAUAGUACUUGCAACCUUUUAAAAUCUGUUGUUUAUUGUUGGGUUCUUGUCCCCUCCCUCUACCAGUAUUUUUUGCCAGUGUUACACAUGGAGAUGGAUCCGUCUUUCUUCCCACUAGUGUUGUUCUUAGGCAGGCUAUCGCAGAUGUUCUUAGAGAUUUAUUGGCUUGGCCCACACAUUCACCAGUGUUGUAGCACUUCCUUAGCAAGGGGAGGGGCAAUGUGUGUAUCUGCUCUUGUUUCUGUUUGGAACUCUCAAUAAAAAGUUUAGAAUUGA